ACGGACGUCUUUGUGCUCUUUACUCUUGUCAUGAAGACUGUCUAAUCCAGUAUAUAAAUUGGGACGAUAUCUUGAUGGGGAGUUACUUGCACCCUUCCCACUAACCUAACAAUCCACUCAGCUGACCUGCACAUCGACUGUACGUCGAAAUCAUCUUUAUCAGCUUGAAGUUCAUUGCGUAAGGUUUUAAAGUGAUAAAUGGAUGAGGAACGUACUGCGCUGGUCAACUGGUCUUCCUAUACAGAUUCACAAGAUCCGCGAGGCGAACUUCAACCAAACUGGCAAAGCCUUGACGGCAAUUCACAUGGGGAGCAUGAGUCUCUUGAGCACAUCGAUGUCAACGCACAUGCCAUCGGGAAGUGCACAGUAGAGUCCUCACUUGAAGCAACGUGGGGAUACGACGAUGACAGCCAGCACGCCGAUUGCGCUUCAGAAGCUCCACAAGCCUCCGAUGUCGAAUCAGAACGUGAAGCCCGUAACUCAGACAUCAUGCAAGAUGACACUGAUUCUGGCAAAGGAGGGUUCCCUACCCCCACUCGUUCUACGCAUGAGUCUGGACGAUACAAAUACCUUCAUGCACCGUCAUGGAGUGAUGCACUUGGCGCCAACGAGGACGAGGAUAUCGCGAUGAGCGAUAAUGAAUGCUGCGAUCGUGAUGAAGCCAGCUCGGAAUCUGCACAAGACAUGAGUUUAUUAGCUCAAGUGCUGGAAAACCAUCGAACAUGUCCUUCGGAGGCGACAGAAGUUCGAUUCCAGCAUAUCCUGGGAUGGAUUACCGAGACGACUGCGGCACUUGGAUGGUGAUAGUGACGAACACCUGCACUGCAUUCUUUCACUGCGUAUCACCCGUUAGUACAUCCCGUCGAAUACUUCUUCCAGUACUCCGAUGUACCUUCUCAGUGUCUCGAACAGAGGCGUAUUUAGGAGAAAAGGCACAUAUUGGCAAUAUACUUACCAUCGUUGCAUGUGUCGGAACGUACAAUAUUUCGAUGCCUGGUCGCCAUCAAUCUGAUGCGAACGUGACCGCCACCUUACAGAAUGGAUCGUUCUGUUGAGUCCUGAAUUGAGUGCUGGUCAGCUGAGAAUGCCGAACUUGCGAUCAAAGGCAAGUACGCACAAGAGGUCUCAUACUCGACACCUAUACUAACAUUCAACCAGCUGAUAGGUAAGGCGGAAGUCGCAGUCACAACUUACCUGAGGAUGUGGGUUGCGCGACAGAUCAUCAGCAAACAUUUUAUGAAAGAAAUUAUGUUUGCGUGCUUCUCCAGAAAUUGUACGAAUACCGGUUUGAGCUGGAUCGGUUUCGGUCAGUGUACUUCAGAUGCAAAGCAGUAGCGUACUGUAUAAGGUCACGAAAUGUAGCUUCAGGCCUUGAUCCUGC